GAAACGGCGAUUGGAAUGCGGGAGAGAGAAAUCCAACGGCCACGAUUUCAUCUCUCUCAAUUCGGAAUUUGCGCCUCUGAAAAAGUCUGGAAUAUUAGAGCGGAUUGCUUCGUCAUCUUCAGUAAGGGGACAUUGAGGACUGUGCGGGUGACUUUGCGAGAGCAACACAGAACAAGGGCCUGAAAUCGAGGAGGGACAAACGACGGUGCAGCGAUGUCGGACGAGGAACACCACUUCGAUUCUAAGGCCGACGCCGGAGCGUCCAAGACUUUCCCUCAGCAAGCUGGUACCAUUCGCAAAAAUGGCUACAUCGUAAUCAAGAACAGGCCCUGCAAGGUUGUUGAAGUUUCCACUUCAAAAACUGGAAAGCAUGGACAUGCGAAGUGUCACUUUGUGGCAAUUGACAUAUUCAAUGGAAAGAAACUUGAAGAUAUUGUUCCUUCUUCUCACAACUGUGAUGUUCCCCAUGUUAAUCGUACUGACUAUCAGCUGAUUGAUAUAUCUGAGGAUGGUUUCGUCAGUCUGCUUACUGAAAAUGGAAACACUAAGGAUGACCUGAGGCUUCCCACCGAUGAUAAUCUGCUUACGCAGCUUAAAGAUGGGUUCGCUGAAGGAAAAGAUCUUGUUCUAACGGUUAUGUCUGCAAUGGGAGAGGAGCAGAUCUGUGCUCUCAAGGACAUCGGUCCUAAAGGCUAAACACAAAGCUUUGGCUACAUCUGAUGGCUUAAAAUCCCCCAAACCAAAGUUCUAUCAAGUAUGUUACAUGUAAUAAAACCAUAUUAUCAGCACUACUUAAUGUCUACUGAUCCUUGGACAAUGCCGAAAGGAUUGGAUACAUAUUUACUUUUAAAACUGCCUGUUGACAACGUAUCAUUUGAACCCUUUUUGAGUUUGCCAAAGAUCUUGGAAUCCGCUUGUUCAGGUUGUCAGCCUGUAAUGAAAUAGGAAGAUAAGCUCACGUUUGUGCUGUUCA